AUGUCGUGCGGUGUUAGACAGGGGUCUGUUCUUGGACCCCUCUUGUGGAACAUAGGGUACGACUGGGCCCUUCGCGCCGAUUUCUCCCCCGGGCUGGGUGUAAUCUGUUACGCAGACGAUACCCUGGUGACAGCCCGGGGGGCAAACUUCCAAGAGGCGGCACGCCUGGCCACAGGGGGAGUCUCCCUGGUGGUCGGGCGCAUUGAGGCGCUGGGCUUACGAGUGGCCCUAGAUAAGACGGAGGCCCUGUUAUUUCAUGGGCCCCGUCGUGGUCCACCCCCUGGCGCCUCAAUCGUGGUCAACUCGGUCCUCGUACCGGUUCGGGCCCAGAUGAAAUAUCUGGGCCUGAUCCUCGACGGGAGGUGGCUCUUCGACGAGCACUUCCGACAGCUUGCUCCAAAGCUGGUUGGCGCUGCGUCUGCCCUAGGGCGACUUUUGCCCAAUUUGGGUGGACCCAGCGUCGCGACAAGACGGCUGUACACGGUGGUUGUCCGGUCAAUGGCACUAUACGGUGCACCGGUGUGGGCGGCGGCUCUGACCGCCCAGAAUAGGGCACGCCUCUGGCGCCCUCAGAGGGUAAUGGCGGUCAGAGCCAUACGCGGUUACCGCACCGUGUCGACGGAGGUGGCGUGCGCGUUGGCCGGAACUCCCCCGUGGGAUUUGGAGGCGGAAGUGCUCGCCGAAGUUUAUCGGCGAGUGGCUGACUCCCGGGCGGAGGGCGAAAUCAGCCGAGGAUGUGCGCGAGUGGCGCGAAGCCGCUCGCCGAGCCACGAUGGCUCGUUGGUCGUUCCGGCUGGAGACUCCACGCGCUGGCUUCGCCGCCGUGGAGGCUCUCCAUCCGGUCAUCACCGAGUGGGCAGGGCGGCAGCACGGGACCCUUACCUUCCGGCUGACGCAGGUGCUUUCCGGGCACGGUUGCUUCGGAAAGUACCUACACUCGGUCGCUAG